UCCCCCUUAACCGCAGGCACGAUGGGUCACGUCCAGGUCUUGGUGUCUCUGGCUCUGCUUGGCCUCCUUGCUCUCACAGGCGCCCAAGCUCAGAAAUGUCCAGAGCAGUUCAACCUGGUUGGGAACCGGUGUGUGAACGUCAGCACCGAGAUGUUCAGCUAUUGGAACCGUCCCAAGCCCUGGAACGUGUUCAGGAAGACGUGUACACGAAUGUCCAGCCACACCUGGAACGUCGACUUCCUCUCCAACUUCGACGUGGACUUCCUGCGUCUGACCAGCAUGGAGAUAGUCAACAACUAUCCUGAGCUCUUCAAGAUGGGUUACAUCUACUGGGUUGGCGCCGAGUACGGAGCUGAGGCGUGGCGCUGGCUAGAUGGUACACCUGUUGACCCCAAGUCUUACAUCUGGGUGUCCGGGUCCCCCCAGAAUACACUAGACCCAAGCAACAUGGUGCUGGUUCCUGCAGGAGGCCGACGUCACUACGCUGUGGGGCGCCAAGCAGGUGGUAGCGCUCCUGCUGUCAUUUGCGAAGCCAAACCCAAGAACUGAUCAGCCCAUCAAACAAUAGACAUAAUUCACAUGAACACUCCUGCCCAACCACUUGGGGUGGACGGUAGAGCGACGAUCUGGAUUCAUACAGGUCGGCGUUCAGUCCCAGACCGUCCAAGUGGUUGGGCACCAUUCCUUUCCCCCGUCCACUCCCAAAUCCUUAUCCUAACCCCUUCCCAGUGCUAUAUAGUCGUAACGACUUGGUGCUUUCCCCCUGAUAAUUUCCUGCCUUCCUCCAAAGCUGAUUAUUCGUUAUUAAUUACAAAACAAUGAGGAAAUCAGUAGGAUUAUACUGAUUUUCUCAUAGAUUCAUCGCGUUAAUGUGAUUUCAUUGUGUCUAAUAAAAUAUGAUUUGUAAAAUAAAGGUUGCUUGAAGAAAUACUAAAUAUGUAUUAAAGUUAUACAACGUGUAUAUUAUAUACAUACAAAGUCAGUAUUAAGUAUCAUAAGACCUGAACCUAGAGGGGAAACUUUAACAAUUCUGAUAAUUACAACAUAAUUUAACAAAAGAUAAUUGUUAUAUAUUGAUAAACGAUUUUAUGGCCUAUUGCACUUUAUAUAUAUAUAUAUAU